AAUACCUCAAGAACACUCCAUACUUAUAAUAUAUUUUCUUUCUUUCCACGUCAAGGGAUGGGCAAGUCAGGAACGAAAAACAAGAAGAAUUCAGCGAAGCACAAAAAAUCCGUUCUUAACGGAGUCGGCGGUGUUGUCUUCAAACCACAAAUGGCGGAGCAGACUUCGGAGCUUUUAGAGAAAGCCACCGUUCUACUUCAAACAGGACAGGCUGAAGCUGCUCUCCCUUUAGCUCAGCGAGUGCUAGAGAUUUCUGCGGAAGACUCUCCAGAAUCAUUAUCAUCAAUUAACCUCAUCGGCGAAAUAUACGUCGAACUCGGUGAAAUUGAUGCCGCUCGUCAAAGUUUCCUGCGCGCAGUACAGAUUGAUCCCGAAGGAACGACGCCUGAAGCACAAGGUGGGGGUGCGGAAAAGUUCUUAUGGCUUGCGCAAUUAAGUGAGCAAGGUGGUGCAGAUAGUGUGGGAUGGUAUGAGAAGGGUGUCAGCGCAUUGAGAAAUGUGAUUCAAUCAUUGGAACAAAGCGCACAGCCUGAGGAUGCUACAAUUGUCGAGGAGAAACGAAAAAAGCUAGCGACAGCUCUAUGUGGAGUUGUCGAGCUAUACAUGACCGAUCUCUCGUGGGAAGAAGAUGCCGAAGCCCGAUGCGAAGCCCUCGUUACUGAAGCCCUUACCGUCGCACCUGACUCCCCGGACUGUCUACAGACCUUGGCGUCAGUUAGGAUAUCUCAAUUACGCGUGGAUGAAGCUCGGACGUCUCUUUCUCGAAGUCUGAAUAUCUGGAAGGAUUUGCCGCCAGAGGACCCCAAGGUUCCGGAUUUUCCAUCGAGAAUUAGCCUUUCGCGGCUGCUUAUGGAAGUGCAAAUGGAACUUGAAGCACUGCAAGUACUAGAGCGACUUAUUCUUGAAGACGAUGAAAGCAUUGAGGCCUGGUAUCUUGGUGGAUGGUGUCUUUACUUGAUGGCCGAAAAGGAAAGAGAACAACCAACGAAGAUAGAUCCUAGGUCGUCAGCUGAAGGAAGGCGACACGAUUCGAUGGUUGCUAGUCGGGAAUGGCUUAAGCAAAGCUUGAAACUCUACGUGAAAAUGGAUUACGAAGAUGAAAAGCUCAAGGAGCACGCCGUGGAGCUCAUUCAGGAGUUGAAUAAAGAACUGGGAGAAGACGAUGACGAUAGUGAAUCAGAUGCCGUUAUUCCAGGCGGCGAAGAGGACGAUAUAGAUGAGGAGAUUGAAGUUCUAUCUGGAGAAGAUGACGAAGACGAAGAUCAUGAGAUGAAAGAUCUAUGAAUAAAAUAAUCAACGUUAAAUACAUUAUUUAUAUUGAAUUGAUAUACGUCCUCUUAAAUUAACCCAAAUUUAGCGCCCCAUGGAUUAUUCUCAUGUUAUGAUUGCCUGGGUUUCGUUACGAGAAGAGUAUAUAGUAACGUGAUAUACUAUAUAGAGUGUAUUGCCC